AUGUCUUUUGCACGGACAGCGUUGGCGCUACGGGGAGCCGCCCCUUCCAAGGCACUGCAGCCAUUCCGCGCCGCGCGAGUGGCCAAUGCCGCAUUCAUCUCCUCAUCCACGAAGAAGCCGGCCAGUGAGGCGGUUCCGGCCCGCGCAUAUGGUGCUGGAAAUGUCACGGGCAACCCUGGCGCGCCGCCACCAAUGAAGAAGAGCUCGGUGGAGGUGCCACUACCCAGCCAGGAGGGCAGCAAAGGCGUGGUGGAAUACGCACUCACAACACUCGAUUCCAUCGCAAACUGGGCUCGGCAAGGCUCACUUUGGCCCAUGACCUUUGGUCUCGCUUGCUGCGCCGUCGAAAUGAUGCAUCUCUCCACCCCACGAUAUGAUCAGGAUCGUCUUGGAAUCAUUUUCCGUGCCUCUCCCCGACAGUCCGAUGUCAUGAUUGUGGCUGGCACCCUUACAAACAAGAUGGCCCCCGCYCUACGACAGGUCUACGAUCAAAUGCCAGAUCCCCGUUGGGUCAUUUCCAUGGGAAGCUGUGCGAACGGAGGCGGCUACUACCACUACUCGUACAGUGUUACAAGAGGAUGUGAUAGAAUUGUGCCAGUCGAUAUCUAUGUGCCUGGAUGCCCACCGACCAGCGAGGCAUUGAUGUACGGCAUUUUCCAACUGCAGAAGAAGAUGAGGCACACCAAGAUCACACGCAUGUGGUAUAGGAAGUAA